AAAACUCUUAGGAAGAUUGGAAGCUUAUCUAUAAAUCAACUUUAUAUCUAUUUCUAAUUAUUUUCGAUUGCUAGCACAGUUAUAUAUUCUUGACACAUUGUAACACAGGUGAUUCCAGUACCAUUUGUGGUUCUUAAAACGUUUAAGAAAUUUCUGUCCGCAAGCUAAAUUAAAAACUGCAUCUAAAUGUGCAGAUGGGGUUGUCAGGCAAACGACACAACAUACAUGUGCAAGUGGUGUGGAACAAGAUUUUGUAAAGUUUGUUUGGUCGGAGACUUUCAAGGAAAAAUGAAAGCUGAGGACCACUGUUUUGUUUGCAAUCAGUUAAGAUGUAUUGGAAAACGCGUUGAAUAUGUACCGUCUACAAAGAAACCAGAAACAAAAUCUAUAAAGAAAGGAGGGGCGAGAAAAAGCAAAAAAACAGGAAAAAGUGCAAAAAAGACUGGGAAGAGUAAAAAGAAGAAAAAGUAGAUACAAAAUUACGUUUUUCGAUCCACGAAAUCAUAACCCAAGUCACAGCUACCAAAUUUUAUUUAAAGAACAUAGAUCUUUAGAAAAGUUUAUAGUACCCCAGUAGACAAAGUGUUUGAUUAGCAACAUUAUAAUUUAAUAAACAUGAGUACUCAGUAUAUUAUUGGAAAGUGGUACAGUUACACAAUGAAAUAUAUUGGUUAUUAUGAG